GUUAGAUAUAAUUUUAUCUUAUAGUUUUUUAUCUUAUAGUUUUUAUCUUAUGGGCCUAGGCCCACUACUUUGUAUUUAAACACAUCUUUUGCUUUGCAAUCCAUAAGGAAUAUGUUCUCUCCAUUCACAUUACUCUCAACAUGGUAUCAAAGCCUAAUCCUUGACCUCCCGGUGGACCCACUGUUCAUCGGUGCCCGGAGAAGGUGUCUCAUUCCGUUUUCCGGCUACCCAUCCUGUCGUGUCUCUUUCCGGCAAUUUUUUCCUAUUUUUUUUAGGGUUUCUUCUUCGUUGUCGCCGCCGUCCGCCGCCUUUCCGCAAAUCACUUUAUGGUCUUAAGCAGUCUCCAAGGGCAUGGUUUGGUAGAUUCAGUACUGUAGUCCAACAGUUUGGUAUGACUUGAAGCGAAGCUGAUCAUUCGGUCUUUUAUCGACAUUCCACUGCUGGGUGCAUCUACUUGAUAGUAUAUGUUGAUGAUAUUGUUCUCACUGGUAGUGAUCAUCAUGGCAUUUCUCAGAUAAAACAACAUCUUUGCCAUCACUUUCAGACAAAAAACCUUGGUAAACUUAGGUAUUUCUUGGGGAUUGAGGUAGCGCAAUCUACAAAUGGAAUUGUAAUAUCUCAAAGAAAGUAUGCAUUGGAUAUUUUAGAGGAAACUGGGCUAAUGAAUUCCAAGCUCGUUGAUACACCUAUGGAUCCUAAUGCUAAACUUCUACCAAGUCAGGGAGAGCCUUUCUCAGAUCCUGAGAGGUACAGAAGACUGGUUGGGAAAUUGAACUAUCUCACGGUAACUCGUCCUGACAUCUCUUUUGCGGUUAGUGUGGUGAGUCAAUUUCUCAAUUCUCCAUGUGCAGGACAUUGGAAUGCAGUCAUCCGCAUUCUGAAGUAUAUCAAAGGUGCUCCAGGAAAAGGUUUAUUAUAUGGCUACAACAAUCAUACCCAAGUUGUGGGAUACUCAGAUGCAGAUUGGGCAGGCUCUCCCUCUGACAGGAGAUCCACCUCAGGUUAUUGUGUCUUUAUUGGUGAUAACUUGAUUUCGUGGAAAAGUAAGAAGCAGAAUGUAGUGGCAAGAUCUAGUGCAGAAGCAGAAUACCGUGCCAUGGCCUCUGCUACGUGUGAGCUUAUUUGGCUCAAACAGUUGCUUAAAGAACUGAGAUUUGGCGAAGUUACACAGAUGACUCUCAUAUGUGAUAACCAAGCUGCCCUUCAUAUUGCCUCAAAUCCAGUAUUUCACGAGAGGACCAAACACAUUGAAAUAGAUUGUCACUUCAUUCGUGAGAAGAUUUUAUCUGGGGACAUUACUACUCAGUUUGUUAACUCUACUGAUCAGUUGGCAGAUGUCUUCACCAAAUCAUUACGGGGUCCUAGGAUUGAUUAUAUUUGUAACAAGCUUGGUGCAUAUGAUCUAUAUACACCAGCUUGAGGGGGAGUGUUAGAUAUAAUUUUAUCUUAUAGUUUUUUAUCUUAUAGUUUUUAUCUUAUGGGCCUAGGCCCACUACUUUGUAUUUAAACACAUCUUUUGCUUUGCAAUCCAUAAGGAAUAUGUUCUCUCCAUUCACAUUACUCUCA